CAUCAUGUUCUUUCGGAUCAAGCAUAUUUAUUAUUCACGCACCUGUUCCACAUCGUUUUCAUUUUUUUUUCGUCCAAUUGACGCCGGUUAUAAAUAAAUCCGACCCUUACCACGGCAUCACCACUUAACGUAAUGGAGAACUGACUCAUUUCGAAAUUCCCUCUGUGUCCAACACGAAAUGCACUCAAGGAUCCUAUUCUUUCUAGCGUUAACACCUCUUGUGAUUGUUGUGAUCUACAGUCUACCUGCAAACAAACAGGCUGCUUUUCAGGUGCAACCGGCGAAUAGGCUGCUUGACCUGGAUAUCGACACCUUCAUUGAAGGCGUAUUGGCGGACUGGAAGUCUCCUGGAGGCUUAGGUGUAGCCGUUGUAAAGGGUGGUGACGAUGGCGGGUGGCAGGUUGAAACGAAAGGAUACGGGUUCGCGACGCUGGGUGGGAGCAGGGUAUCGGAAGAUACGCUCUUCUGCAUUGGUUCUAAUUCCAAGCUUUUCAAUGUUCUUGCGACUGGCCUUCUUAUUUCCAACGAAAGCCUCGUUCCCAGGAUUUCCUGGGACACCAGGAUCGCGGAUAUCGUCCCCGAGUGGGAGCUGAGGGAUCCUGUCGCGUCCGCAAGGAGUACGAUUGUUGAUUUGAUGAGCCAUCGGACGGGUCUCCCUCGGGAUGACUUGAUGUAUUCCUGGACGGAGGAUAUACACUCUUUGCUCCCCAGAUUCAAGUUCCUCCGGCCGUCGACAGAGUUUCGCGAUAAAUGGCAGUACAACAACAAUAUGUACACAUUACUGUCGUAUUUGCCGACUGUCCUGCUGCCGUCCAGGAUACCGUACACGCAAUAUGUCAAGGAACAUAUAUUCGAUCCUUUAGGUCUUAGCUCGACUACUUUUUCCGGAAACGUCGCGUUGGAGAGCGGGAACUUGGCGGAGGGCAUAGCGCGGGAUCAGGUCAAUAGGACGGAGGAUUUGUUUGGACAAGGUAUAUUGCGUUCGAUGCCUUACUGGAUUUCGGUUGAUGGAAACGACGGAUCGCUGCUAUCUGGUGCUGGUGGCGUGAUUAUGAGUGCCAGAGAUGCUGUAACAUGGCUACAGACACUCUUACUGAAUGGCAGAAAUCCUUUGACUCACGAGUCUGUCAUACCACCUGAAAUUAUCAAGAAGGCGGCCACCGGGGUCACUGUGGUUCAUGGACAAAUGAGUCAUCCAACCUUAUCUCCUGUUGUGUAUGGUGGGGGCCAAGCUAUUAUGGCAUAUCGAGGGCAUACUUUGAUUGAACAUGGAGGCUCUGCACCAGGUUUCCACACACAGAUAGCCAGACUUCCCUUCGAUAAUCUUGGCGUUGCGGUAUUCUCAAACGAUGACAUAUACGGCGACCGGAUCAUGAACAUUGUCAAGUUCGGUAUCAUAGACAAGGUUCUCGGUCUCGAGCGGAUCGACUGGAACGACAUAAUGAAGGCUGCUACAGCAGCGAGCUAUAAGAAGGCCUCCUCCCAGAUAAUCCCACGUCCGGACAACCCAAAGCCCCCGUCAGCACUUUGGGAAGGACGGUACAAGAAUGAUGCGUAUGGUGAAAUCCUGCUCUGCCUCGUCGGUCUGGAGUCGUCGACCCUACCAGAAUGCCAUAAGCUCACCGACGAAGUCUAUACGACCCUCCCAGGCGCGAUAGACCUCGCUAUCCCAACUUUGGUAGCCAAGUGGAACAAAAUCUGGGCUUCACAUAUCGUGUUGGAGCAUUUCGAUGGAGAUUUGUAUAAUGCGAGUGCUUUGGAUAGUAUUGCUACGGAUGACGGGUUCUGGGUGAAUCAGGAGGCGAGAGACGAGCUCAUUACGGCCGAGUUUGUGAUUGAGGAAGAUGGUGUUGGGUUUGGCUUGACCGGCGGGAUUUGGGGUGCUGGUCCCGGCGUCGAUCCUCCGAAGGGUGAUACAGUGCGGGAGAGAGCUGAAGUAUGGUUUUGGAAGGUGUAAUAAAGUGAUGUACAUUCGCACUAUGUAUCUAUAAUUUACACAUGGAAAGGUGA